AUGGCAAGCAGUAGAGGGGCGCGGAAACGUACCCGAGGCGGUGCGAGCGGUGCGAGCGUUACAAGCGAAGCGAGCGAUGCGAAGCGAUGCCCUCCUCGGUUCACAGGAGGUGCUCGCUCGCAGCCUACUCUCGCCAGCAUCACUCGUGCGGGAUAUGAUGAUGAACUAGAAAAAGAUAGCGUGCUGCUGCAGGCUGCCAAGAACUACUACCCUGAAGGUAAUUGCUAUACCCCUGCCACAAAAUCAAUGCGUUUGAUCAACAUGCCACCGAAGAGACGUCCUCCACCCAAGCUUUACGGGCCUCUGGGGGAUAACGGAGAGUUGCAGUUCCCGCCUCCCAAGUCUUGGCAGGAGAGGGAGAGAGAGAGGUUAGAGAGCGAGCGGUUAGAAAAAGAGAAGCACAAGCUUCAAAAAGGUUUGGUCUACUUAGAAGAUUUAGUAUCCGGCGCAUAUGAUAGAAAGAAAAAAGCUGAAGCAGAAGCGAAACGGAAGAGGAUAGAGAAAAGAAGAAAAGAGAAGGAAGCUGCUGAGAUUGCAGCAAAAGAAGCUCUCAAAAAGUAA